CGUAUUAGUAGCCAAUACCACGAGUUUGCGUCUCGCUUGUUUUUUCAUCUAACCUAGAGAUUCGCCAUUCCAGUGCCUCUGUUCUCGCAAGUUUGGCACAGGGAGCGAAACCAAAUCAUGGGUUAUUCCAAGAACCAGUUGCUAGCGCGCUUACAGGAGCUUCAAAUUGAAUUUUCCCAGUAUGAACAUCCUGUUGUUUUGACGGUUGAAGCUCAGGCAAAAUAUGUAGGAAACGGUGAGGGUGGACUGAGUAAAAAUUUAUUCUUGAAGGACAAGAAAAAUAGAUUCUAUAUUGUUUCUGCUCUGGCAGACACUAAAGUCGAUCUAAAAGUUCUAUCUCAAAGGCUUGGUUUGGGAAAAGCAGGUUUGAGAAUGGCUCCUGAAGAAGCAUUGGGAAAAGUACUUCAGGUACCUUUGGGUUGCGUUACUCCAUUUGCACUUGUAAAUGAUUCAGCACGACAUGUAUCCUUGUUGUUGGAUCAAGGGUUUAAAGGUCAGGGGCGCUGCUUGUUCCACCCACUGUCAAAUGACAUGACAAUAUCUCUUAAUGCCUGCGAGCUUGACAAAUUUCUAAGAUCAAUAGGCAGAGACUCCUCAUAUGUUGAUAUAGAGGCUAACCCUCCAGUAGGGAAAGAUAAUCCUCCUGAUCUAGCUGCUCUUGUUCCAUCUGAUUCCAUAGUUUUGCCAGAUUCUACAGAAAAAGCUACAAAUGAUCAUGUUGUUUCAGAUAAAAAGUCAAUGGAAAUUACAGCUAGUGAGCCAUCCAGAAAAGCAAAAAAUAUGGAGGACAAACCUGCCAGCAGUGUGCAACCGGCAAGCUCCUACAAAGAUGUUGGGCAAUUUGUGGAAGAAAUACUGGAUAAAACAUCAGCACUAUUACUUUCAGAGAUAACUGAGGAUGCUAUUAAGCAACAUGGAGAAGGGCUAGGAGCUGUGUUAUCAGACUGUAUCAGAGAGCGCCUUAGCUUGGAGUUGAAGGCAGAUGCAAGGUCGUACAUGAACACAGCAUACACAGAAGGGUUUAGUACUGCACAGGUGAUGUUCCAGAACAUUGGUGCUCAUAAUCAGUUCAGGUGUUUGUGACUUGCAAAAGUUUCAAUUAUUGUAGUGUUUAUACAUUUGAUAGAAAAUGUCUAAUUUACCUAAACUGGCUUGUGGGGUAUUUUGACUUUUGAUCUAUCAUAUUCACUGUUCUGUCUUCAUGGUGAUAAAUCGCUUUUUAAGUUAACCCUUUUUGGUUAGGGACCUAGGGGUCCCUCUCGCCAUCCCCAAAAUUGGCCUCAUUGGGUUUUGCUAAUGAGACCCAUAUAAUGUAGGCAAUCAAAUAAUGUAAUAAACUUUACUUCAUGCAGAACUCACCCUUGAAAAUUGA